AUGGCUGAGCUAGUGGAGCAGCAACAGCAGCAGCAGACGUGCAGUUCUGUCUUGUCUUUGGGAUACAAACUGGAACCUCAAAUUGCCAUAGCGAACAACCUUGCUUGCCUUGGACUUGAUAAGAUUGAAGAGAGACUGCCUAUUUUGUAUCAGCCUAGUGACAAGAUUGUUGCUAAUGCCUCUGGCGUGGUUGUUGGUGCUAAAGAUGCUGUGAUCCAUGCUAAAGAUGCUGUGAUCCAGAGCAUAACCGGAGUGGUUGAUAAGACAAAGGGAGCUGUGUGUGGCAGUGUGGAGAUGACCAAGGCUGUUGUAAAUGGAAGCAUUAACACUGUUCUUGGGAGCGGAGCUGUGCGUAGGAUGAGCAGUGGUGUUGAUACUGCGCUUACCAAGUCUGAGACUCUUCUGGAACAAUAUCUGCCACCAACUGAUGAAGAACUAGCAACUGAGGGUGCAAAAACAGAAGGGUUUGAGGUAUCAACAGAGAAAGCAAGCUACUAUGUUCGCUUGGGAUCACUCUCCACUAAGGCCCGCAAGCGUGCUUACCAACAAGCCUUGACAAGAUUCAGGGAUGCAAAAUGCAAAAGUCAGGAGGCCAUUACUCAACUUCAGACCACUGUUGACCUGAUUGAAUAUGCCAGAAAGAACAUGAAUGAUGCACAGGAGACACUGUACAAUAAGUGGGUGGAAUGGACCAAGAGCACAGGACAGCAAACUAAUGGAGAGUCUGAAAGUACUGAGCAAAUUGAAUCCCGCACUCUAACCAUCGCACGAAAUCUGACUCGCCAACUACAAACUACAUGUCUGUCUUUGGUUUCAAGUGUCCAAGGCCUUCCUCAAAAUGUCCAGAACAAAGCCCAGAGUGUUAGUACCAUGGCUGCAGAUGUAUACCAGAACUUCCUCUCUGCCUCUUCUUAUAAAGAAGUAUCAGACAGCCUAAUCCAUACCAGCAGAGAGAAGCUCACAAAAAUUAAGGCUUCCAUGGAUGACGUGAUGGACUUUUUGGUUAACAACACUCCUCUAAACUGGCUGGUGCCUGACUUCAGCAUUUCUGACCUGUCAUCAGAUACUGAAGGUGACCCAGAGAUGAUGGCAAUGGAAGAGGAAAUGCAAGAUUUCUCCCGUAUAAAUGGACGUGUAAUAAACAGAGAUUCAUCACAUAUGUAACUGGGUUCCUAAACUGUACAUACACUCCU